AUGGCAGCGAUGCGGAAGCAGCUGAUCGAAUACCUCGAGGCAAACAAGGGCUUCGAGGACUCUGAGGUGCUGUGCAAGGACAAAGGUUGGGACCACGAAGUGCUUGUGGGCGCCAUCAAGUCCUUGCAGGCUGAGGAGCAGGUCACCGCGGAGCCCAUCAAACGCGAAGGCUGGAAGCUGACUGAGGAGGGGGUGCAGUACAUGGAGAAGGGAAGCCCGGAGUUCCAGGUUUUCAGCUUCAUCAAGUCCAGGGGCUCCGUCCCGAAUGCAGACGUCGAUGCCGCUCUGGGUGCCAUUGCGAAGAUCGGCCUCGGGACUUGCAUGAAGAACAAGUGGGUCUCCAUCGAUAAGGCCACCAAGGUCUGCACGCCCUCCGUGGAAUCCGUGGAGGACGGCGUCCAGAAAGAGCUCACGUCUUUGAGCACCUUAGACAAGGCGAAGCUGGACGCGCUGAAGAAGCGAAAGCUCAUAGCGCCAACGAGCCUGACGGCCUUCAAGGUCGAGAGGAGCGACAAGUUCUCAGCAGCGUCUCAGAAGGCAGUUGCCGACCUGACAGCCGAGAUGAUUCAGAAGGGCACGUGGAGCAGCACGACUUUCAAGCCCUUCAACCUGACAAAUGUCAGCGGUGUACCUUGCACUGGUGGACACUUGCAUCCCCUCAACAAGGUAAAGACAGAGAUGCGCCAGAUUCUGAUGCAGAUGGGCUUCGAGGAGAUGACCACAAAUCAGUGGGUGGAGAGUUCGUUCUGGAACUUCGAUGCUCUUUUCCAGCCGCAGCAGCAUCCAGCGAGAGAUGCCCACGACACCUUCUUCAUGGAGGAGCCCAGCCGGGCACAGGACAUCCCGGAAGAGUACCUUGCGAAAGUGAAGGAGAUGCAUGAGAAGGGUGGUCAGGGAUCCAUCGGAUGGCGCUAUGACUGGAGCGAGGAUGAAGCGAAAAAGACACUCCUCAGAACACAUACGACGGCUGUGUCAGCCAGGACGCUUUACAAGUUGGGUGAGGAGUAUCGGAAAACAGGCGUUUUCCGGCCCAAGAAGUAUUUUUCCAUUGAUCGUGUCUUCAGAAAUGAGACACUCGAUGCAACGCACUUGGCCGAGUUCCAUCAAAUCGAGGGCUUCAUAGCGGACCGUAACAUUGGCCUGCCGCAGCUCAUUGGAACCUUGCGUGACUUCUUCAGCCGCAUUGGCAUCUCGAAGCUGCGUUUCAAGCCAGCUUACAACCCCUAUACCGAGCCCUCCAUGGAGAUUUUCGGUUUCCACCCGAUCCUCAAGAAGUGGAUUGAGGUGGGCAACAGUGGUGUCUUCAGACCAGAGAUGCUGCUGCCGAUGGGCCUGCCAGAAGACGUUUCUGUCAUUGCCUGGGGCAUCGGUUGUGAAAGAUGGACAGCGCUGCUUUACAACAUCCGCAUGAUCAAGGAGCUCUUCAGCUUCCAGCAGGAUGUGUCAGCGACGAAGAAAAACCCGAUGUGCUGGCUCCGUCGCGCGGAGGAUUAG